CUGGGGCUUGAUGAGCCCGGAGAAGAAGCAGCAAUGUGUUGGCAUUUUCUUCUAUCAUGAGCUGCUGCAAACCUUCUACCUGAUGAGAAUCUGUGAUUAUAAGGGUGCUACCAAGCACGUGGACAAGCUGGAUGCCGCCAUGAAGGCUGACCAACAGAAAGUUCGGAUCAUCAAAGAACUGAACACACAGCUUGAUUCUGUGAAUCAAAGCCUAUCACAAUCUAAUUUACAGCGGAAAGAGAGGUCGGCGCUUUCUGAUAAAAAAGAACAGCUCGAGGAGAAGUUUAGAGCUGCUACUGGGUUGGAUCCUCAUGAUAAGCCUUUAGAUUUUGAAGAUAUGUUGCAAUUGGCACCUCCACCAUUGGAUGGAGAGUGGCUUCCAAGGAGUGCUGUUUAUGCCCUUGUAGAUCUGAUGACCGUCAUGCUUGGGAGACCAAAAGGGGUGUUUAAAGAGUGUGGAAAGCGAAUACAAUCAGGAUUAAAAUUGAUUCAUGAUGAAUUGUUGAAAUUGGGUAUUUCUGAUGGCGCAAGAGAAGUAGACUUACAACACUCAGCUAUCUGGAUGGCUGGUCUCUACUUGAUGCUGCUAAUGCAAUUCCUUGAAAACAGAGUUGCAGUAGAGCUUACUCGUUCAGAAUUUGUUGAAGCCCAAGAGGCUUUAGUACAUAUGAGAGAUUGGUUUAUUCGAUUCCCAACAAUAUUGCAAGGCUGUGAAUGCAUGAUCGAGAUGCUUAGAGGGCAAUAUGCACAUUCUGUUGGUUGCUUCCAUGAGGCUGCUUUCCAUUUCAUAGAAGCUACUAAGCUCACUGAAAGCAAAUCGAUGCAAUCUAUGUGCCAAGUUUAUGCAGCUGUGUCCUAUAUUUGUAUUGGUGAUGCAGAAUCAUCAACAAAGGCACUAGAUUUAGUAGGACCUGUCUACAGAAUAAUGGAUUCUUUUGUUGGUGUGCGUGAGAAAACCUGCAUUGUAUUUGCCUAUGGACUUCUAUUGAUGAGGCAGCAUAAUCUACAGGAGGCACGAAUUCGUCUGGCUAGUGGACUGAAAAUAGCGCAUCAACAAUUGGGGAAUAUUCAACUUGUAUCUCAGUAUUUGACAAUCCUAGGUACAUUAGCAUUACAACUCCAUGACACUGGCCAAGCGAGGGAGAUAUUGAAGUCAUCACUGACCCUGGCCAAGACACUUUAUGAUAUUCCAACACAGAUUUGGGUGCUUUCUGUACUAACAGCCUUGUAUCAAGAGCUUGGUGAGAGGGAAAAUCAAAUGGAGAAUUCUGAGUAUGAACGAAAGAAAGAAGAGGACUUGCAGAAGAGACUAUCAGAAGCUCACUCACGCACUCAUCACCUUGACCUGAUAGAAAAGACAAGGGUAAGUGUUCAGCCUCUACAUGGGCUUGAUAUGAAACGAGCAAUGGCUGGGCCAUCAAUGAAGGUUGACCUCGACAUCCCAGAAUCAAUUGGUUUGCCCGCAGCAGCUCCUGCAUCUUCUUUAUCCUCUAGACUACGGGAUAGUGAUUCAAGAAACCGGGGAAAGAGGAAGAUCUAAUUUUAGACUACAUGGAAGCUUUGUCUCUCAUGGUUUCACUUGUCACUAUUCAAUCUGGUUGCACUUGGUCAAAUUUACCUUCACCAGCAGUGUGAAUAGUAAAGUAGUGGAACUAGUGGUUACAAUGAAGCUUGGAAGAUGAUCUCAGGUCCCAAAUGUUUAUUGGCAACAAUUCAUAUUAGUCCGAAUCCAUAUCAAGGCACCUCAUCAGUACACUAUAGAUUCGGCCUUGCCUAUCUCGUUGGAUUUCUACGGAGAAUCCGUAUAGUUUAUUGGGAAGUUCAUUUACUAAUUUGAAUGUGAAAACAUGUAUUAUGAUCUCACUUGCGCAAUGUAAAUGUACAUUAUCAGUAAGAAUUCGUAAGAAUUUGUAGAUGUUUCUGACAAAAAGUUUUUGAAUGUUGUGCUUAAGAGCUUAUUUCUAAA